UGCUUGGAGGAGCGAACCUGGCAACCUGGCAGCUUGUACGGAGAUUGGCAAUCUGGCAAUGCGGAAAUAGAUCUGGCACCCCCGAUCCCGAACUGAGGAGAGAGGCGUGACAGAGCGAGCAGAGAGGAGAGGGGAUUGCAUUGACAAAGAUAAAAUAAUCAACUCUUUCUUUCCUGUUACCUUUUUUUCUUUUUUUUAUUAAAGUGCUCAGGUGCGCUCAUCUGCACCAGCUGGGUUCCCCCCCCCACCCCCCAGCAUUUGUUUUUUUUAAAUUUGUCAAGUCUGAGAAGAGGAUAGAAGAAGUGCGUUUUUAUCGUUUGGAUUCCGUACUUCUUUACCGACUUCUGUUUUUUGCAUCAAGCAUGGAUGUGUUGGCGAAUUACAGUAUUUUCCAGGAACUCCAACUCGUGCAUGACACUGGUUAUUUCUCCGCGAUGCCUUCCCUGGAGGAGAACUGGCAGCAGACAUGUCUAGAGUUGGAGCGGUAUCUACAGACGGAGCCCAAACGUCUCUCAGAGCUGUUUGAUGAGGAGCUGGACUGUCUCUUAACGCCAUCCUUCAUGCAGGGUGGUGACAGUGACGAGGACCUGAUGGACCCCCUCCUCCCCAGCCUGCCCGACCAGCCCAGCCCGCCUCCACUACUGGUAACUCUCCCCAAGGUCCAGGCCAAAAUCCUCCAGAUGCCCAACCACAGCAAGACCCAAGCAGAAGCAGGAACUGAAACCCUCACAACAAAGGAGCAAGUCCUUGGAGGGGUCAGCGCCGCACAGCUUAGCGCUGCCGUCACAUCCCUAACACCACCAUCAUCACCAGAGCUCGGCCGCCACCUCAUCAAACCCACACAAACGCUGACUGCGACGGCAGAUGGCACACUAACACUCAAACUGGUGGCAAAGAAGGUAGGGUUAGGGGCGGCCAAACUGGUGGCAGCACGAGCAUUACCGUCCCCACCGAGCCGAGGAGGAGCCCUCAGUGACAGCGAGCAGGGAGGAGGAGGAAGUCUGGGAGGAGACGUACCAGAGAACAAGAAGAGAGUCCACCGAUGCCAGUUUAACGGCUGCAGGAAGGUUUACACCAAGAGCUCCCAUCUGAAGGCACAUCAGAGGACCCACACAGGUGAGAAGCCCUAUAAGUGCUCAUGGGAGGGCUGCGAAUGGCGUUUUGCCCGAAGUGAUGAGUUGACACGGCACUACCGCAAACACACCGGAGCAAAGCCAUUCAAGUGCAACCACUGCGACAGGUGUUUCUCUCGGUCGGACCACCUGGCCCUGCACAUGAAGAGGCACAUCUGAGGGCAAAAAGAAAAGGCAAAGGAGAGGAGAAGAAGAGAGAGGAGGAGGAAGAGGAAUAGGAGAAGAGAUAGGAGGAGAGAGGGAUGGGCAGUCGAGCUACCAACCGCCCGCCUCGUUCACCCCGUCCAUACACAAGUCGGACGCCUGCAGGCCAACGCAUCCAUCCAAGGAUGGACCCAUCAGACGGGGAUCGGAGGAAAACGAGGAGUAGCUAGAAUGUUGUUUUUCUUUAAAAUUACACACUCACACACUCGCAAUAGUGAACACUUCACACACCCGUCUUUGAAUGCAUCAUCCUGGUGAGCCCCGGCCGCUCUCAUGCGGCUCUGGGGACUUGGACACUGCCAAACCAAAAUAUACUUAACUUGCUUGAUGAAACAUUAUGCUGCCUUUUUUCUUUCUCUGUAUUCAGUGUGUUUUUACCAUAAAAGUCACUUUGGGUGAGGAGAUAGUUCAGUGGGGAAAUUUUAAAUAUCCAUAUAGUCAGUUGUUAGUGCUUUACCGGCUUUUGAAAUCAAAUACUCAACUUUUUUUCUUUUUUUGAUGUUUCUCAUACACGGAACAUAAGAAACCAUCAUCUGCUGCAGUCAGCUUCAGUAAUCAAUGUGAAGAAAACAACAAUGCCAAAUCUGCAGGAGAGAGACUUCUAGCAUGGCUGACAAUCGAACCCAGCGCUCGGGUGCUGGGUGUUUCAGUGCACCCAUGGGACCUCGGUCAGCGGGUGCUGCUGCAGCUCUCAGGCUCUCCUCCAGUGGGUGUUUGCUUCUCUCAACUUCACUGAGACGCCUGCUGCCUCCGCAGGCCAUCUGACAGAAAUGCGCAGCGACACUUUCUUCCCUUUUUUUCUACUUAGAGGACGAUAAUUCUUCUUAUUGUUGUUAUUACAAAGAAUGACACUUUGUUCUUUUCUCUCUUGGAGAAAAUGUCUUAAAACUCACUGAAUUGUGUUUGGGGGGAAAAAAAAACUGAAAAUCUCAGAUGACUUCAACAGAAUGUGUGGGUUGAGAAGGAGAGCGUUGUUGGUCUUUGAAUCCCUAUGUGCUCCAACUCUGCUUCUGCAGUCUGUAAGCAACCAGUGGAUGAAAAAAACUGAAUCAUACAAAACUCUCAUAAAAGGGAUUUUGUUUUGUUUUUUUGGACAAAAAUAAAAGCAGAGAGCGGAGAGGUCUUCAGUUUUUCAUGCUGCUCUUUCUGCCCCGCGAUUCACUCCAGCUGAAAAACGUAACCCUGGCAUGACCCUUCCUGGUCUUGCACUCUACCAGAGCCAGGCGGAGGACUCGCUAGAAACUGGAAACCUCUUUCUUUCUUUUUUUCCAAAUGUCAUCCUGGAGCGCUUUCACAGACAAGACAUCUCAUCUCCUUGGCAGCGCUGCAGGGUGGGAACGGAGGCUGAGGUUUUUUGGUUGUUCACAUGGGACUAAAGAGGCCAACUGACCUCGGCGUGGUGUUGCCGAACAGACACGGUCACGUCAGCCUGGUCAAAUUUGCCUGUUUUGCAUCCAUUGAUUGCACUGACUUUUUUUUUUCAAUGUUAUCUGUGCUUUUUUUUCUACAGCAAAAAAAAAAAUAUGGAAAAAAGGAACACAAAGAAAAAAAAUCAUAAAAAGACUUGAAAAAAAUACGACACAAAAACAAUUCUGUCUCGCUCUACACAUUGCAUACAGAACAAGCACACAUACUCUGUUAACACACACACACACACACACACACACACACACACACACACACACUGCCGUUUCUUUGCUGACAGCUCCUCUUGAGAUAAGACUAAUAAGAUUUAGGAAAAUAAUUAUUAAACUAAUGAACAGAGUUGGAAAACAAAACACUGCAUGGCAGGCUUUAUUGCAAACACACACACACACACACACAAACACACUCUCUCUCUCUCUUUCUGGAAUUACAUGUUCUGCUCCCAAAUCUUUUUUCACAGUAGGAAUUUAGCAACUGUUGUUUAGUAGAAGAGUAUCUUAGCUCUCGGCUGGAGGUAACAAACGAUUCCAAAUCCUUUGAAGUGAGAAAUCAGCUUGUUCUCAGUUCCAACAAUCACCCACAUAUCCCUCGCUACAGUUUGUGCCUCUCAUUUAAUCAGCAUUUUUUUUUUUUUACUUCUGAGACUUCUUGUUACAUUAUUGGUUUGAAUUGAGCAUAUGAGCCAGUGUCUUCAUCAUAAAUAAAUAGAAAUAAAACAGUUGCAGAACCUCUUUUAAGAAAAACAUAAUCCUCAAAGACGCUGCUUCCCUGCCUCUCAUGUACAAUGAAUUUGAAUGUUUUCAAGCUGAAUCCCAAACAACCAGAAUCAUUAUCAUAUUAAUUUCCCUUAAAAACCUGGUAAAUCAACUUUCCAAACAUGGAAAAGUUCUGAAAAAUGACAAAAUGACAGUGAGUUGUGCUUGAAAUCAGGUUGUCAUUGGGAUCACAAGCUCCUCAAUCUGUUUGGUGUCCCCAUAGCCAUUUAGAAAUAUUUUUAUGUUGAUAAAAUGAUUUCCAUGAGUAGGAUUAAGAACACUUGUUAAAUGUUCAACUGGAAGUCACUGAACACUGUCUUAUUGUCCUAUUUCACCAGAAUUUAUCUUAGUGCUAUUUUGUACAUAAUUCAAUAAUUUGAUCUGAAUCAUCACAAAGUAAAUCUCUGUGGAGGUUUUGUGCCAAUUUUAACUUUGGCAUGCAAAUUUGCAAAAUAAAUCAAUCAAUCUCAUUGCCAAAAGUCAAUGUUCAGACCGAAAACAUCCCUGCAUGAAAACAAAGUAAGGGGCUGCAUUGGUGUUGUUUAAGGUACCGCUGAGACAAUGAAAUACAAUCCAGGAAGCUGAGUUGGAGCUACAGAUGAAUGUGUUUAAAGGUUUGUCAGAUGCCAAAACACCACACAGACGAGAUUUUACAACUCUGGAAAGUUAUCACCGCGGCAACAGUUUUAUCUUUAGACAUAAGAGAAACAGUCGAAUGUGAAGAACUAGAAAGUAAUCCACCAGGAAUGUGAGCCUGCGUGUACAUUUUUUAUGCAGAGCUAAUGUCGGUCUGAACGCCCCCUAACAGUUGUCAUAACUGCAACAAAGCAUUAAGGAAUCUUGCUUUGCCACUUCCUGUGUUGAGGAUUAUGUCUUCCAAAAGACAGCAAGCAUGUUAAAUCAUCUGCUAGCUAUUCAAAGUUACACUUUAUGUUUGAUGAAAACACUGGCUUGUAUCUUUGACCCAAAUACAAUCAUUAACACUAAAAUCUCUAAUGUAAAAAAUGAUGCUUUGGAAACAUGAGAGGUGCAAAGUGGAUCGAGCACAUAUCCGGGUGAAUAUGCUUUGCUGGAUUGUUGCAGGAAAAAUAAACUUGCCUUGCAAUCAGGGCACUACUGAUACCACCAACAUCAACACCGCUGCUCCAUCCGCCCACCACCAUCCGUAUGCCCUGUAGCACAUGCAAGCAGUCUAAUAUUCACUGCUGCUGACUGGUGCGACUGGGUUAGGGUGCAGGGUUCCUGAAGCUGGCGGGGGAUUUCACAUCCCAGCGUGGCCAGUCAUCGUGCCAGUCGGCCUUGCCAGCCUCCAUUAGGUGAAACAGUGAAAACAUUCCCCUUCAGGGGGGUUUAUGGUGCAGCUUCGAACAAUCGAUACCAAAAACCUCCAGCAUGGAACUGCCCUUUAGCCACGGGCAGAGUCUCCCUGGUCAGGAGAGAUUGGCGGGAGACCGCCUCCAUAUGAGGCCUCUGUAUCCAGCGGCAGCUUUCUCUACUAACUCUCUCUUUCUGCUAAAUAUGACGUAAAGCAACCCACGUUUGAGAUGAAUCCAGUGUUUCAUAUUGAUUUCAUUUCAUUGUUAUCAGUUUCUGUUACAAAAGCUGUAUUGAUGGUUGUUUUCAUCAGCUUGGAUGAUGCAAAGUCAUGCCAAAAUGUUGAGACAUGCAAAGGGAUGUAGAAGGAGCCCUCCUAUACAGGAAGUACAAUCACAGAGGGAUGGGUAUCGUAGCACUUUUGUGAGGCUUUUGAUGGCAUGCAUGUGUGUGUGUGUGUGUGUGUGUGUGUGUGUGUGUGUGUGGUGUGUGUGCGUGCGUGUGUGUGUGUGUGUGUGUGUGUGUGUGUGUGUGUGUGUGUGUGUGUGUGUGUGUGUGUGUCCAUUAAGCAUACUGUGAGGGAAGCAGUUAUUCAGCAAAAGUGGUGAUAACUGAUUUUUAACUGCUGAACAGUUGUGCAACCAUGUAGAAGAAAAGUUUGUUGGUACAUUUGCUGUUGGGAAAUGUUUUUAAUGUAAGCAAUGGCUGACAAUGUGUUUGAUAUGCUUUGUUUAGACCUUUGAUUCAUUCAUUCAUACAUUCAUACAAGGAGCUCGAUGACUUGAGUCAAAUUAAAGAGAUGCAAACUCGAA